GGAGUGUUGACGAGCAAAUGCAACAGAGUUAAACUUCAUUUUGAAGAUGGAUACGGCAAUACUUUUGCUCCUUUCAUGUGCAGUUCUCUUAAGCUGGUCAACGUAAGUGAAUAAUUUCUCUUUUAUCUCUCAUAAAUUAAUCUCUCAUUUAUUUAUCGGGUUUGGGGGUUUCACGCUAUGAUCAGAAAGAACGUGAGAACCUCGUGCAUUAAAUAAUACAAGUGUAUUUUAACCAGGUUUAAAGUGAAUCAAGUCAGACUUCAGGGAAGAUUCUUAGCGCCCCUGGAAGUGUUUCAUACUGUUUUUGAUUAGUUAAUUUUCAUAGUCUAAUCUGCCUUAAACUGUCUAAUUUCACACUUUUGUGCCCUGGGAAAAAGUUUUGCGCCUUUACUCCUAAAUUUGUACUGAGUUUUUUCGCCACAAAGAUAUCUCGUUCUGGGAUUUAAGGGGGACAUUUCAUUCUUUAACAAUGCUUAUGAUACACAUUAAUAGUUACGCGUUGCGUACAUGUGGUUAGCCUAUACACUAUAGGAUUGGCAAUUGUUAUAGCGUAUAGCUAAUCUCUCAAAAUAAUAAAUUAAUCAUCGGUUGCAAUCGAGUACCAUCUUGGUCGAUUUUUGAACCAUUGAACCAUAAAAUUUUUAUUCUUCAUUCUUUAUCGUAUGAAGCCAGAUACCGUAUAUAUAAACUAUUCAUAAUAUAGCAACAUUUUUUUAAAAACCCAGAAUAAAUUGUUUCGUUGUCUUCUUGACUAAAAACAUGCAGACUGGGCUUGAUUUUAAGAGGAAAAUUCGCAAGUGACAUUAUUCACUCCAUAUAAUUGUCUCAACAGUGGAGAUUAAAGAUACAGUAACAAUUAUUAUGGCCGCCGAGAGGAGGGGGGGGGGCAGGGGGGGGAGGCAUGUGAAUAAUAAAUUUCAGGUAAAUUAAUGUCAGAUAAGUUUAAUUGAAAUGUCAGAUACGAACUAGGAAAAAUGAGGUAUGUUUAUGUCCCCUCCCCCAAAGGUAGACUGCUCGCGACGGCCCUGGAUUCAUAAAUAUAUAAACUGACAAAAACAUAUGAACCGCUGGAGGCGGCAUCAACUGAUCAGCGUGUUAAACAAGAACAAUUUUUGUUAAAUUUAAUAUACUUUUAGAAUAAUUGUUUGCCGUGAUCCAAUCCUGGAAAAAAUAUCUGUAGACGUUUAAUUUUCAAAAAAAUACACCCAAAUUUGAAAACAUAUAACAAAAAUGUGGGUAUUUUUCUAUCGAAGCACCUAUAAAGCGGAAAAGAUAUGGGAAGCUAAUUUUAUAGAAUACAUAUAUAUAUAUAACUGCUCGAUUUUUUGAGUUGUUUUGGAAUAAAUAAACUAAAAGACCUUUCUGCUCGUUAUUCGUAUGGUUGUGUCUUAAAUUCUGUUAGGAUUAAUUUAUUUUUAAGGUUUCUCUUUCUCUAAUUUAUCCACAUUUGCAACUAUUAUAGGUUAGAACAAAUCUCAAUCUCCACAUGUUACUUCAUGUUACAUCAUCUUAGACUAUCAGAUGCACUGUUUCACUAAAAUCAUAUAUUUUACUAUAGUUCUUCACAUUUUACUACAUGUUACACCUAUAUUAUUAAAAGGAACUAGAGCACAUGUUACAUGUAGUGAUUUUACUCAGACUGUAUAUUUAAUGAAUAAUAAACAGAUCUUUGUUAAGGCAUGCAAGCACUAAGUUUGUGGCAAUCACGGGUAACUGCGCUAUGAACCAUGUCAGUGAAACCAUAUUAACAUGCUUUAUAGGUACCAUUGUGCACUAUAAAAUUUCAUUGAUUGACAAAGUAUGUGAAAAAAUGUAAUGAUCAUGAAAUAUUGUACUAUGUAAUAAUCUAUAUAUAUGCCAUAUUUCUCCCUCUGAUAGUUUUUGACUCGUGGAUGUUGCGAAGCAACAUCUGAGUCUUUGUGGUUACUUGGGUGUGGGGUGCGUGUGGGGCAGUUAAACAAUGGGAAAUGACCAGCCUGCUUUGCACGCACUCUUUGUCUGCGAAUCGGGCAUUUCAGAAACGGAAAUGGGCCUGGAGAACGCGUUUGUUCUUUUGAUUUGGUAAAAGAAGCACAACAAUUGUGUGAAAUGGCAAAAUUCGCACGGUGCCCGGUUUGCAGAAACAACUACUGCAAACUGCUCUAAUUCUUUCUGUCACUUUCAUUUGAUCUUAUUCGUGAGUCGGCCUUAACAACUUCUGAUUUGUUAUUAGCUGCCAUAAAUAUUAGUCAAUGCAGCCGUACCGAAUACAUUAACCACAAAUUUCCUUAAAACAGGUCACCUUUAUUAAGCCCCCCCGUCCAGUGACCCCAUGCAUGGCUUUCCAAAAGAUAAUCAAAUCCUGAAUUAUGUUCCUAAUAUAGAGCCCUAUUUAAUUUGAAAAUUAUAUUUUGAAACUAAAUGUACAACUAACUUCGUAACAGGAUUAUCCAUUGUAUUUUUUCAGACCAUCUUCGAAGAAAUAUCUGUAUAGAUCUUUUCAAAAAAUACACUCAAAUUUGAAAACAUAAAAUGAAAAUGUGCGUAUUUUUCAAUCGAACUGACUCAUUGCACCUAUUUACCUUAAAUCCCCCCCUCCCCCUCUACGCCCAGUCCAAAACAAUGUUGGUUCAAGUAAAGUGGAUUUUGCAACACAUGUCACCUAAAUAGCAACAUUGUAUAAGGUGUUGGGGGGGGGGGGGAGGGCGGAGGAACAAUGUUUGAAAAUUAAGAAGUCUACUAUUUUUUCCAGGAUUGUAGUUUUUCUAGCAGCUGAGUUGAUCAAAAUAUUAUAUUCUUUUGCUAGGAGACAGGAAAACCACGGAAACGCCUUAGAAUUGGUUCUGUAUCUUCACUCUCCACUGCUACGACAAUAUGAAUAAUGUUUAAAAAUUUUCAUAAUGAAAUCAAGCCCGGUUUUACGUUUUAAAAAAUUUCAGUCAAAUGCCAAGUUUGAGUGCACGAAUCCUUAAGUCCAGUCCAUGUUUUGUCCUAUGUCCGACUGAACGUGCAUCUCUUCAAUUUUGAUAUCAAACUGAUAUAAAUAUGAAAGAAUUUUCUUGAUUGGUUGCUUGAAUGACUGGUCUAGAUUUAAACGUAACCGCGAUGUCCAUUUUGCAGUAUACAGAAAAAGUCAAAGUGACAUGUUCUCUUCCAUGUAGACAUUUGGUUAUCAAAUUAGUUCUACGGUACAUUAAACUAUAUCAAUAUUAUAAACUUAAUGUCUGCUCCUAAGGGAAAUAAUAAACAAUUAUUUGAUGAGGCUGAGAAUAAUAUCAAGAAUUAUUCAGACGUACUGAGCCUGAGGUCAAUGUUAUCUGAAGUUGAGGGGGAUAACAUAGUGACCGAGGUCUGAAUAAUUAUUGAUUGAUGUCAUGGAAAGCCGAAUCCAAUAAUUGUUUUAUAACUUUUAUUAUACAUUUCAAGACAUCAGAAACGUAUAAAAACGAUUAAACGAAGUUUGCCUAUUAAUGUUUCAAGUACAUUUAUUCUAUUUUCGCGCACAUUUGGGUUUGAAUUGUUGGCCGCGCCGCCAGUUGGCACGACAGCGUCUAAUAAUUGUUUUGCCACACAAUGUAUGGCGCCAGAUGACGUGACAAACUCAACACGUCAGUCAGGUCAUCUUCAUAGUUUUUUAGUUGAUAGUCGCACAGAAAUGAAUGAUCAAGCUGGGUUGUUAUAUAGGAUAAUUUUUUUGUUUUCGCGAUUCUUGUACAGGUACCGUGCAAUAGUCUCACCCAAACCAUUGUGGACAACCUACUGACAUUGACUUCGAAUGGCGUUUCUCUAAAUAAAUAUCUCCCCGCUGCGGAAUAUGCGGAAUAUGCGUGUAGCUUUUUGUUAGGAGUUUUGCACAUAGGCGUACCGGGCGGGUGGCGGGGGGGGGGACGGUAGCCCCCACCCCCAGUUUUUUGGGCAGUCGGGCAAUAUUCGAUCAACAGUCGGGCAAUUUUGGUAUGUAACAAAAAAUAAAUUGGACAAAUUGUGUCAAUUCAGUGAAAUUCAGUAAAAUUUGUGUGAUAUUCCGAAAAAUUUUGGUAUGUCUGGAAACAUUUUUUGACCCCUAAAAUGGUACACUAACCGAAAUUUUUUUGGCGACGGGGGGGGGCUACAAGUCGGGCAGAAUCCCGAAAAGUCGGGCAAAUUUCUUUCCGCCCCCCUAAUUUUUUCCUUCCGGUACGCCCAUGGUUUUGCACAAGUGUCCACAAUUGUGCACGUGAGGAUUACUACAUCGAACCACCUUAAUGUGAAUAUUUUCACCUAGAGUAAAAUGUUCAGCAUUUGACGAAGGUACGAGCACAACAAGCAACACAGGCCAAACAAAUUCACCAACAUGUCAAUUGGAGCCUUCACUGAAAAACUCCAUAUUGAAAAUGAAAAAUAAAAUGACCAACAUUGCAGAGGAAGUUAAAGAAAUCAAGAAAUUUCAAGAAGAUUCUAAGAAAGAUUUUGGGAAAGUUUUGGAAGAGUUGAUUCAGGAUGCAUUGAAGAAUAUUUCUUGCAUGCAAAGCAACAAACCGCCAAAGAAAGGUACAACCAUAUGGGCAAUAGGAUAGGUACAUUGUUGUUAAAAAUGUUUGAAUUGGUAUUAUACUUACUCAUCAAUAUUUGAGUGUUCAAAAGAUCACAAUUAGUUAAUAAAUACUCCUAAUAUUCUUCGAAACAAUUUCCACAUCUACUUUAUAUGCCGUCGCCAUAUUUAUCAAAUCUACAUGCCACACGGCAUUGCCCCCCCCACCACCAACCAGAAGCAAGUAUAACAGGCUAAGCCGAGAGGAAAAAUUAAGGAGAAAGUAAAAUGGUAGGUGUGUCAUCAUUCUAUGAGAAAUCAGCGUUCGCAAUCUUGUAUCACAUGAUUAAUUCAAAUUCUCUCAUGUCAUUAGCGGGAAGCAGCAUCACGUCAUUACGUCACAACACUUUCGGUCUAUGGCAGCUUAUGGCAGAGAUGUUACUUAAUUACCUUCUUGUUUUCUCCUUAAUUUUUCCUGGCGUCUUAUUAUAUUCAUAUGGGGUGGCGGUAGACAAUACCAUGUGGCAUAUAUAGACUGGAGAAGUAAAUUUGGCGACGGCAGAAAAAUUAGGACUAUAUAUGAUCCAAGACACUUCGAUACGAAGUUCCAAACAUUAUUAUCUUUUGGCCGUUUUGGGUACUCAAAUUUUAUUACUAAGUAUAAUACCGCGUUUCUAACUUUUUAUUUAACAACAAUGCCACGGUUUACUGUAUGAGGGAAACAUAGUUUUGAUCAUAAAAGAUCUGCAGUUUGCAAUCCGGAUUUUUCAGAAGGAGUAAUUAAUAUUCAUGACAGUGAGAAAGAGUGAGAGGCCGCAUCAAUAGUUUGCGAAGUGGCGAUGCGCUAGUUAUUAUGCAAUGACGUCUUAAUAGCUUGCGUAACAAACCUGAGCAAUUUUAGAUAAUGUCAGGGUGGGUAAGAUUUAAAUUUAUAAACCUUUUUUAAAAUAUUAUCGUGUAAUGUAAACUAUAUAUCGAUCGUUGCUAGCCUAUACGCUAUUGUCCAGAGUAAACAAAAUAACAACUAUUUUAAAGAUUAUAAUUGUUGGACGUCAUGACAGAACUGAAGAGCAUUCUAUCUUUCUUGUUUAGACGCGUAUUGCGUUAUUUAGCCGAGAAUUAGAUAUGGAAGUUUAGUUUGUAAUUUGCGCAAUUGCAAGGAUAACUGCUCCGUCGAAAUUAAUUCCAUUCCACGAACAGAGAGGUUUGUGGCGAUUUUUAAAUCUUAAAAAAUCAGAUGCCGUGUAUAAGAAGGUAGUUAAAAUUUGAAUUUGGGGCAUAUUUUACUAGAUUGAACUAAUUUUGGAGGAUUUUGUAGUUAAUUAGUCUACGUUAUAGGAUGGUUUCAAGUGCAAUUUGGAUAAAACAUGCAUGAGUGAGUUUUUCAAAGAGCAUCAAAAAGCACUAGUCCGAAGGAAGUGUGCUAUUUGAGGUCUUUGAAAAACACACGAGUGCUUGUUUUAUCCAAAUUUCACAAGAAACCAUCUUAUAUUACGUAUAUUAAUAAUAUACAUAAAAAUGUUCGAGACAAUUGUAGUUUUAACUUACGUUUAUAGCUAUAACCGUGCACUGGCAAAGUUUUCCUGGCUUUGUUAUAUCACAUUACAUGCACAACGCUAACAGCUUGAAAAUUUCACUCAACUAGGACGUAAGAAAUUUUGUUAGUCUUGUUCUCUCCUCUGCAGACCCUCCUUAAGUAUUUACAAAUAACUUACAUGAAGUUUCCUGAAUGAAAGUGAGCGCGCGCGGUGUGAUGGGAAGAUUGAAAUGAAGUUGGGGAGACUCUGCCAGAUAAUGCGACGACGUAUGGUUUUUGAACUAAACUAGUUGUUGAACCUUUUUUUAAACUUGAAAUCGACGGAAAUAUGAAAGAAAUUGAUGAAAUGAUUCUUCAUAAUCUGAGUAUCGAAGUUCAAUAGAGUCAUUUAUAGGCUAAUCAGAUAGCUCGUAUCCACUGAUAUUCGUUUGCAAUUUCUCAAUAUUUUCGAUAAAAAUGGACAGAAGAAGAUAUUGAUAUUGAAUUCACCCCAGGAUACUCGAGUAUGCCUGAAAAUGAAAGUCGAAAACACGUUUUAACACCCCCCAUGGUUGAUCGAACUUCGCUACAAACGAUUAUAUACGACACUCAUGAAAAACAGGUAGUUUUGUAAAUAUGUAUAGUAUAAUUUAUCAUAUAUCUAAUUUCCUUUGUUACUUUAUCAUAAGUGUGUAAAAUCCUGAUGAGUCCACCGUGACUAAAUAAAGUUCACAAUACAAUACAAUACGCCAUAUUGAUUGCAUUAACUCGCAGAGGCUUCCUUUAUUUAGCUCUUCCCAUCACUCCUUGCGCGCUCACUUUUCCCUCACUAGAAACUUCAUGUAAACCUCUGCCGAGGAGAGAGGUUAGUCUUGUUUAAAGUAAAGGCUUUUCCAUUUAAAAAGGAUAAAAGCCAUAUUUCCCAACCGAAGUCAACUUUCACUUUAUGCAGCGCGGCGCCAUAUUUUGAUAUUUGUUUUGCUUUGAAGCAAUUCUGUGAUCGUUACUUUUUUAAACUAUAAACUGCUUUAAACUCAUUGGUUGAUUUUAUUAACACAUUGUUUUUCCGCCAAUCAGAUCAGUUUGUUAUAGAUUUUUGCACUACGAUAACAGAAAAUUGCACAGUGAUUACACAAAAUUGCACUGUGAUUACAAAAAAUUGCGCUGUGAUUACAAAAAAUUACAUUGCUGUUUGAGAUUAACUGCACCGAAAUAGUCAACAAAUCACAAUCGAGUAAUAUUUUCAUCUAUAUUAUUAAUUAAGGUUAAGGACAGUCAGUGCGAAAUAAACCAAUCAAUAUCUCUUCAAACAAAUAAAUUCUAUGGUGUGAGAAAAACUAUUAAUUCAGUAUUAUUUUCUUUUAUCUAGAUGAUAAAGACUGUGCUGAUAUAUACAAAAAUGGAAAAACAGAAAGUGGAGUUUAUCAAAUUGAUCCAGACGGAAAAGGCAAUUUCAAUGUCUUCUGUGAUAUGACAACAUCAGGAGGAGGCUGGACUGUGUUUCAACGUCGUCUUGACGGAAGUGUUAGUUUCUACCGAGGAUGGCAAUAUUACAAGCACGGCUUUGGUGACCUAAAUGGUGAAUUCUGGCUCGGAUUGGAUAAGAUCAAUAGAAUUACAAGUGCUUCACACAAUAAACUUCGCAUCGACAUGGAAGACACUUCUGCAAACACAACAUAUGCAGAAUAUGAUUCUUUUGCCAUCGCUAGUGAACAGCAGCAGUAUAAAUUGAGUAUUGGAAUUUAUAAUGGUAAAUAUUUCAUGAAUUAGCCGAGUUCACGGCCAUACAUAUACCUUGUUUUUACCAAGCGCGUAUUUGCGUAGAUAUUGUAUAUAUAUAUAUAUAUAUAUAUAUAUAUAUUAUAUAUAUAUAUAUAUAUAUAUAUAUAUAUAUAUAUAUAUAUAUAUAUAUAUAUAUAUAUAUAUAUAUAUAUAUAUAUAUAUAUAUAUAUAUGUUAGUAAUUAUAGUACAUGUUACUCUAAUUAUAGUACAUGUUCAUGCAAGUAUAACCCAGCUACUGAUUUUCCUGGAUAUAGACAAAUGUAAAUUCGAAUUCCCAAUAUUUCUAAGAACCAAAAGACAUUAAAUUAAUUUUUUCUCUUUAACAUUCUCUCUUAUAAACAUGUAUAUAAAUAUUAAAAUAAUACAGUUGGCAGGUCCUAGGUUCAGGUCCAGCAGCAUUACGAACUCAGCUUUAGGAACCAGCAAAUAGACAACCUCGUAACCAGGACUUUUUGCUUCCGCUGUUGGAUGGUCAGCGAAAAAGGCCAACGCAUCGGCUGGUCUGUUUUGCACACUGAUUGGUCAAUGAUUUUGAAUGUAAAUAUUCAAAUUUCAAAAUAUUAAUAUGUGGGAAUAAUUAUUAUUUUGAUGGAACGAGAGUGCGGUGACAAAUUUUUAUUAGUUCUUGAAUGACUAAGGUAUUGAGUGAAUAAGAUUUUUGACAUUUCGCUUGAGAUAGGGGAGAACAAUACAUCACAAAACUGUGCAGUGGUCAAAAUUAAGUCUUUAUACAUUUUGUAUACGAGUAUUUGCUUCUGUUCAACAUACAUUUCUCAUAUGCGUCGUUUAUAAAUCGUUAAUUGAUUUCAAGAACCGUACAGCGUUCUACUCAAACAAAGAUUGUGAUACGAAUAUAUAUUUGCUCUGGCCAUAACACGAUUUAUAUAAAGCAAAGGCUGAAGGGGUUGGUUGUUCAUUACUGAAUAGUUAAUCACAGGCUAACCAGGUCCUGAAUAUGUUUCACAAAAAUCAUCAGUAUUACGGGCUAUGUCAUGCUGAAUGUAAACAACGAAAGUGUAAACAACGAAAAUGGAAUAAAGUCCACUUAUUUUGCUGCUUAUUUCUUUUAAGUGUGUUUACUUGAGUAAUUAAAAUGUAUGUAACUAUUCUAUAUACGUACGUAUACGCAUAAAUUAUCAUACAGUAAUUGAACACCCCAAAUACUGGAGAUUUUGAGGUCAUGUGACCGGCCAAUGCCAGGACCAUUUUCGCUGAUCGGAAGCAAAAUGCCCUGGGAACGAGGUUGGCAAAUAGAAACCUUGAUGUAUCAAAUUAAGGCCUGACAUAACAUAAUAUAUGCAGCAUUUAAUAAUUCAUCAAAGUAAAUCAAAGUAACAAGGAUCCACUGUUAUUACCAAAGCAUCCAUCACUUGAUCAGUUUUGAAAAACAUGUCAAUGGCCGGAUAAUUGAUGGGAAAUUAGAUAUAUUGGGUCUGCAGGCUCAUUAAAUAAAUUUCAAUUAGUAUAGGUAAUCAUGCGAUGGCGUACAAUUAGGGAUUAAUAGUACGCGUGAUGUUUGGAAAUUUUGCCAAAAUUGGACGAGCUGCCGGGGCGAGUCCAAUUUGGCAAAUUUCCAAACAUCACGAAUACUAUUAAUCCCUAAUUGUACGAGCAACAUCGCAUGGUUACUUGUUUAUUAUUAGCAUGACAAAAUUGGAUACGUACUUCUCAAUGUCAGCAUCAUAUUCUCUCGCCAAAGCCCAGUCCUGCCAGAUUUUCAACCAAAAUUUGGUGCUUUUGUUUGUAUUUUCAUUUAGUUCUUUUGUUAGCAAAAUUUGGUGCUUGUGUUCGUACUUUCAUCUAGUUCCUCCACGGCAAUUUCAUUUCACGCUUGUGUUUAAAGUACAUUUCCGCCAUUUUGUUUGUUUUGGGAAAAUCAUUAAUUACACUGCAGUACAAUUAAUGAAAUAAUUGUACUCCUCUCAACCAAUCGGCAUCCAGUAAUUUUGUCAUGCUAAUAAUAAAUUAAGUUAUUAAAAUUUCUUUCUGAAUGGCAUGAUAUUCAUUAUUCUAAUUAUCUCUGUCACAAAUUCCUAAGUUUACAAUUAUUCAUAUUAGUUAAUUAUGAAGUUUUGCGUGCGUGUAAAAUGAACACUAAUUAAGCCAUUAUAUACAUAUAAAGAGUUGUACGUUGCUUUUUAGUCGUGUAUCCUUCGCUAGCGGGAUAUGAGUUAAUUUUAUAUAUAUUAUGUAUAUAUCCAGCUAGCAUAAAGAAUUGUUCAGAUGGUACAAUAGGUCAUAUCUAUAGUAGUUGUGAAUUGUUUAAGUUAUAAUAAAAACUGUACAGACAGCCAUGCCUGGCAUACUUCACGAAACCCAUAUCGAUCCUGUUUUUAGAGCUAGUUGAAAAUGCAUUUUUUAUUAAUGUUCGUUUUCCAAUUAUUUUAGGUACAGCAGGUGAUUCUCUCUCGUACCACAAAGGUAUGGCGUUCACGACUAAAGAUUCCCACAAUGAUCAAUGGUAUAACAACUGUGCUGUGCAGUACAAAGGUGCCUGGUGGUAUAAGAGAUGUCAUAAAUCCAAUUUGAAUGGUCUGUAUCUUGAUGGCGCACACAUGUCGUUUGCUGAUGGUGUUAACUGGUACCAUUGGAAAGGAUAUUACUAUUCAUUGAAAUCAACAUCAAUGAAAAUCCGGCCAGUUGCAUUUUAAUAUCCCUCCUAGUAUUACGAUAUAUACCUAUUCAGAAUAUUUUUAAUUUUUUGUUUUAAGAUGCCAACCAUCUUGAAAGACAUUCGGGUAUUUUUAUUGCUUGUUAUUGGACAAAAUAAAAACAUGGAAUAAAUUGCAAUGUAAUCCUUGAAUAUGCAAUACAAAG